UUAGGACAUCCGUCAAGCUGUCGCCGCACAUCCAGCCGAAUUACCAGCCGUUUCACCCCGAGGACGGCUCAGCCGGCAAGAUAGCCAGCGAGUCGAAGCUGCAACUGUGCGGCUGGGGCGGGCAGGGCUACGCUUUGGACGGCGUGGACACGAGCCUGCUUCGGCCGCCGCCGCAGCCUCACGCCAGCCAGCUAGGAACCGUUUACGCUACCAAGAGAAGGAGGAGGAAUGGAAAAAGCAUCAAACCACCUUCAAAAGACGGCGUCACGAAGAGCAAUCCAAGUAAAAGACAUCGAGAGCGUCUCAAUGCGGAACUUGAUACAUUGGCGUCUCUGCUGCCCUUCGAGCAGAACAUACUCAGCAAACUGGACCGACUCUCCAUACUGCGACUAUCAGUUAGCUACUUGCGGACCAAGAGCUACUUCCAAGUGGUCAUGCACAAAGAAAAGGAAGAGCUACACCGUCGUGAUCACACACACUACGAUCACAUCAUGCCGGAUGGGGAGAUGUUCCUGCAGGCUCUCAAUGGAUUCUUGAUGAUUCUUACAUGCGAAGGAGAGGUGUUCUUUGCUACGCACAGUAUUGAAAGUUACUUAGGCUUCCAUCAGUCAGACAUCGUUCACCAAUCAGUUUACGAACUGGUCCACUCGGAAGACCGCGAGGAGCUGCAGAGACAGCUUUUAUGGAACUCCUUCCUCCCCCCGGAAGCCAACACGCUCACAUUACAAGACGUUCUAAGAUCGGAGAGAGCUCACAUGUUAGAGAGAAGUUUCACUGUCAGGUUUAGAUGUCUUCUUGACAACACGUCAGGGUUUUUGAGGUUAGAUAUAAGAGGUCGCAUAAAGGUACUUCAUGGUCAAAAUAAGAAGACUGAAGAGCCACCCUUAGCGUUGUUUGCUAUCUGCGCACCUUUUGGACCACCAAGUCUGCUGGAAAUACCGCAGAAAGAAGUCAUGUUCAAGAGCAAACACAAGCUCGACCUAUCACUCGUGUCUAUGGACCAAAGAGGCAAGUUGUUACUUGGUUACACGGACGGCGAGCUGUCUAAUAUGGGCGGUUACGAUCUCGUACACUACGAGGACCUCGCGUAUGUUGCCAGCGCUCAUCAAGAAUUAUUAAAAACUGGAGCUUCAGGAAUGAUCGCGUACCGAUUUCAGACCAAGGACGGUCUAUGGCAGUGGCUCCAAACGUCCUCAAGACUGGUCUACAAGAACUCCAAGCCUGAUUUCGUGAUCAGCACCCACAGACCACUCAUGGAGGAAGAAGGCCGCGAUCUCCACGGGAAGAGAACAAUGGACUUUAAAGUCAGCUAUCUAGACACCGGCCUUACUAGUCUCUACUUCUCUGAAACAGAACAGCUCUCUGGUUGUGAAUCCACAGUGACAACGCCACCGCGAGCGGCUCGACGAUACAAAACACAGCUCAGAGACUUCCUCUCCACGUGUAGGAACAAGCGGCGGGUUCCGACCACACCCGCUCCUCCGCCGGUGGAGUACCUCGCCGCUGAUGUAGCGGCAGCCUAUACUAACCUCAACGGGACGUACACGGCCCCGUACGGGGAGUACCCCCCCGCCCCCACCCUCCACUACGCCCCUCCGCCCUUGGACGACAGAUUCCUAUCAGACAACAUCUUCCAUCAAUACAAACCCUUAUCCUAUCACUACACGUACCCGCCAAACGGUUUCCUAGAGCCGGCUCCGUACGAGGUCCCAUACCGGCCUCCGUCCAGAGAGUAUUACGUGGAUAGCCGCUAUAUGAACGUGGACCGUCGCUCACCAAACCCGGGGCCCAGUCCGGGCUCCAGUGGAUCCACGGCCCAGGACCCGAUGGACCCUGGAUCCGCGGACCGUAUCCAGGGCGGAGAGGUGCCGCGGCAGACGGUGCUGAUGUGGGGCGCCGGCGGCCAGGAGGUGGAGUACUCGCCCCCACAGUGUCCGUCGUUGGCAGGGCAACAUUGCGUCGAUCCAAAUCUUCCGACGGCCAUAGAUUAAGGUUAGUUUAAGGUUAUGACUUCGAGCACUCGAACGAUUUAAAUUAAAAUAUUUGUGAAAAUCCUCAUUUCCAACAAACAAUUCUUACAAACUGUCCGAUAACAUGAAAGUUAUAGAAAUAAAAUUUGUAUCCUUUUUAUUAUUUUACUGUUCCAACACAACAAAGUGCUCUUAGUCAUUAAAUUACUUGGUCUUCGUUAUGUAUAAUAAGAGCGUGUAUUGUCCAUACGGGUUAACCGAUCUUAGUUUUUGUAUAAUCGAGUCAUUUUAAGCGAAUUUAUCUUCCACUAAGAGUUCCAUUGUUAUUUAUAAAAUUGAUCUUAAAUUAUAAAAGCUAGCGAUAAGACAAACGAGUUUGAUAACACGUUCACAUAAUACCUUUAUCUGUACAAGCUGCGAUCUUGUGUGACAUGUAUCGUGACGACGUACGGUCUAUGUGACGUACUCGUAGACGCGGCUUUUGUUUCAAGGUUAUAACCACAGAGUACCAAAUAAAAUUCCACGUUUUUAUAAACAACACAGUUUUUAUAUUUAUUAUUAUUGAACACAUGAAUCCAUUUGAAUUGUAAAUAAAUAAUUAGGUUAAACGCUUUAACGACCUAUGUACUAUUGAUUGAUUAUUAUUAAUUUAACUGAAUAUAUAGUUAAGGUGAAGAUAAUGAGACAGUCUCUGUAUUUAUUUUAGUAGCAUAAUUAUAUAAUUAAAAGAAAAUCAAAUAAAUUUUUUCAUGCCACUGA